AGCUGAGUCACCCUCCCUAACCACCUAUCACUAUCUGACAGGAUUCCUUCUGCGGCGCCUAUCUGUAGCAUCACUCGCCAGCGACACGUGCGAGCGGCGACACGACCAGAAGAGACGAGCGUGCGAGCGGCGACACGACCAGAAGAGGCGAGUGUGCGAGCGGCGACACGACCAGAAGAGGCGAGUGUGCGAGCGGCGACACGACCAGAAGAGGCGAGUGUGCGAGGGGGCCAGGCUUGCCAGUGGGCCCAUGGGGAACGUCCCUGUGCCAGCGAAGCAUUGCUUCAGCGUGGAGCGGCUGUUUCCGAUGUACCCACGGCUGCCACUCUGGAUGCAGAAGGACAAGGUGCCAGCUCCGAAUCAGCUCCCAGAGUUUGUUAAAGUUGUGGAAGUUGGGCCAAGGGAUGGACUGCAGAAUGAAAAUGAAAUUGUUCCCACCAAAGUGAAGUUGGAGCUCAUCGACAUGUUGUCUAAAACAGGCCUGUCCGUGAUUGAAGCCACCGCUUUCGUGUCUUCAAAGUGGGUGCCACAGAUGGCUGACCACACAGAUGUUCUCCGGGGAAUCCACAGAGAACCUCAAGUGAAAUAUCCAGUACUGACACCUAAUUUUCAAGGCUUCCAGGCUGCUGUGGCGGCAGGUGCCACAGAGGUGGCUGUGUUUGCUUCAGCCUCUGAGACCUUCAGCAGGAAGAACAUCAACUGCUCCAUCGACGAGAGCAUGCAGCGGUUCGAAAAAGUCCUCCAUGCUGCCAAAAAGGCCCAGAUACCUGUCCGGGGGUAUGUCUCCUGUGCACUCGGAUGCCCAUACGAAGGGAAGAUAGAGCCGGAAGAAGUGACAAAGGUGGCAAAGAGGCUGCAUGAUCUGGGCUGCUACGAGAUCUCGCUGGGGGACACCAUCGGCGUGGGGACGCCAGGCAGCAUGGCACGGCUGCUGGGGGCCGUGCUGGCGGAGGUGCCGGCGGAUGCCUUGGCUGUCCACUGCCACGACACGUACGGCCAGGCCCUCGCCAACAUCCUCACGGCCCUGCAGAUGGGGAUUUCCGUGGUGGAUUCCUCAGUGGCGGGACUGGGGGGCUGUCCGUACGCCAGGGGGGCCUCGGGGAACGUGUCGACAGAGGACGUCCUGUACAUGCUUCACGGCCUGGGCAUUGAGACUGGUGUAGACCUCGCCAAAGUAAUGGAAGCGGGGGACUUCAUCUGCAAGGCCUUAAAGCGGAGGACGAACUCAAAGGUGGCCCUAGCUAAGACUGGGGUGUAGGUGGUGCCUUUGCCAUUGUGUGAGGAGACCUCGCGUGCCAAACAUCAUGCUCUGAGUGUGACGUACAACUCAUUCUGCAACUUUUAUGUCAUGUAAGAUGUCACACAUUUGGUCCUGUUUAAGAACAGAGGUGCUGAUGAGUUAAUGACCCCCCCAGCACGCCAAAUUCAACCUCCCCCCACACACCCUGUGCAUCAGAUCCCUUCUCCACACGUGUGGGGCCCCUGCUCUUAGUGAUCUAUCUCUAUCAAUUGUAUGGCUAUCAUCAUUUAGCAUUGUUUUUCAUUUCCUCCUCAAUGUGUUUGCAAUUAAAUGGGGGGGUUGAGGGUUCACAGGGUCGACAGGCAUUUCAAACUAACGAGAGCAGAUUAUUAUCUUCCCUGAAAUGUAUUUUCAUUUCCGGAAUUUUCUCCGGGCAGACAGAGGCGGCCUAUUGGAUGACGCGUCUGUCCUGGCCAUUUACGCCGCAAGUUCGGUGGUCCCCACGCCCACCCUCUGCAAACCCCCCUUUAUGUGAUGGAGCCACUGGCAGAGAAUAAUGGUGCUCUUUACAGCCACUACCCCACAGACCAGGAGGAAUCUGCGGGCAAAACACACGUGCUUAACACUGCAAAGAACGCUAUUCCUGCCAACGGGAACCGCAGGUGAACCGGCAGGAGGUGCGAGGGAGCAGCGUCCCCCACCAACACAAACGGGAAGCGCAGGUGAACCGGCAGGAGGUGCGAGGGAGCAGCGUCCCCCACCAACGCAAAUGGGAAGCGCAGGUGAACUGGCACGAGGUGCGAGGGAGCAGCGUCCCCCACCAACUCAAAAGGGAAGCGCAGGUGAACCGGCAGGAGGUGCGAGGGAGCAGCGUCCCCCACCAACGCAAAUGGGAAGCGCAGGUGAACCGGCACGAGGUGCAAGGGAGCAGCGUCCCCCACCAACUCAAAAGGGAAGCGCAGGUGAACCGGCACGAGGUGCGAGGGAGCAGCGUCCCCCACCAACUCAAAAGGGAAGCGCAGGUGAACCGGCACGAGGUGCGAGGGAGCAGCGUCCCCCACCAACUGAAACGGGAAGCACACCCAGCACCGGCAAGCUGCUUUGCAUCAUCCGCAGAUGGUUUCCUGUGUGUCCAAAGUGGUGGAGUCGCAUAUAUCCUGCGCACAGAAACGCAUUUUGCUUUCCAAAAAAAAAAAAA